AUGGACAACACUCAGCGGAAACUGUACAGGGAUGUGAUGCUUGAGACCUAUCACAAUCUUCUGUCCUUGGGGUAUGAUGUGAUGAAGCCUGAUGUGAUCUUGAAACUGGAGCAAAAUUCAGCACCGUGGACAGUGGACAAAUCUGCAGACCAGAAACUUCCAGAUUCCUACAGAAAGAAUGAGCUGUUUGGAGCUAAACAGAAAAGUCAAGAAAUAAUGUUCAGGAUGCCUGAUGAAAAGCCUCUUGAGAUAAAGCAUGCCUCUAAUUUGCCUGAGGCCAAACUCCAGAGUGGGAAAAACCUCAGUCAGCCUGCUAAGAUGCCCACUUGUCAGCAGUUUUUUGAACACAGUCGGAAAGGAAAAACUUCCAGCAGGAAGAAGAUAUUCCUUGUGUGUGAGAAAGUUUAUACCAACGACACAUGCAAUAAACAACCUGUGAAUGUGAGAGAUGCUGCUCAAGUUAAAAAGCAAAUGUUUCAUAGCAAUUCUGACUUUGCUAAACAUCAACAAACACAAUCAGGAGAGAAAUCCAAUGAGCAUUUCCAGAGUGAGGAGUCUCUGAUUUCUAAAAGAGAUGUCAAUCAGACAACCCAAACAGCUAGAAGUCACUAUAUAUGUCGUUACUGUGAAAAGCCUUUUAACUUUAGAUCUUGCAUUACCAGCAAACGUAGAACUGAUACUGGAUCAAAUUUCUAUGUGUGCAAUGAAUGUAAAGAAACCAUUGACCACAAGUCAGAACUCAUGGAAGAUCAGAUCCUUGACACUGCAGAGAAUCCAUAUGAAUGUAAUGAGCUUGGAAAAGCCUUUCACCAGCAAUUAUCUCUCAGUGGGUAUCAGAGAAUUCGCAAAGGUGGGAAACUGUAUGAAUGCAGUGAGUGUAAAAAAUGGUUUCGUUACAAGUCAUACCUAAUUAGACAUCAGAGAGUCCACACCAGGGAAAAACCUUAUGAAUGUAGUGAGUGUGGAAAAGCAUUUAAAUUUAACUCAUCUCUAAUUAGACAUCAGAGACUCCACACAGCGGAAAAACCUUAUGAAUGUAGUGAGUGUGGAAAAGCAUUUAAACUGAACUCAUCUCUAAUUAGACAUCACAGAGUCCAUACAGGGGAAAAACCUUACGAAUGUAGUGAGUGUGGAGAAGCUUUUUCUCUGAAGUCAUCCAUGAUUCAACAUCAGAGAAUCCACACAGGGGAAAAACCUCAUGAAUGUAGUGAGUGUGGAAAAGCUUUUUCUCAGAUGUUCCGUCUCAUUAGACAUCAGAGAAUCCACACAGGGGAAAAACCUUAUGAAUGUAGUGAGUGUGGAAAAGCUUUUUCUCUGAAGUCAUACAUGAUUCAACAUCAGAGAAUCCACACAGGGGAAAAACCUCAUGAAUGUAGUCAGUGUGGAAAAGCUUUUUCUCAUGUGUCCCGUCUCACUGAACAUCAGAGAACCCACAUAGGGGAAAAACCUUAUGAAUGUAGUGAGUGUGGAAAAGCUUUUUCUCUGAAGUCAAACAUGAUUCAACAUCAGAGAAUCCACACAGGGGAAAAACCUUAUGAAUGUAGUGAGUGUGGAAAAAAUUUUUCUCACAAGUCACACUGCAUUACACAUCAGAGAAUCCACACUGGGGAAAAACCUUAUGAAUGUAGUGAGUGUGGAAAAGCUUUUUCUCGGAAGUCCACUCUCAUUAGACAUCAGAGAAUCCACACAGGGCAAAACUCUUAUGAAUGUAGUGAAUGUUGA